AUGGUUGAAUAUUUAUCUUCAGACUUUCCAAUUUUACGAGAAGUUAACAACUCAUCAUCGUCAUCUCCACAAUAUCUCCGUAUUGGUGUUGUCCUGACUGCUGGCUUUUUUCUUUUUCUUCUUUAUUUCUAUGGCAUUCUUUUUUCUCUUAUUGUUUAUAUAUAUUUUGGUAUUACUAUUCUUGCUAUUGUUGCUGCUAUUCUAAUGUUUGGCGCUGCUAUUAUUUAUCCUCUACUUGUUGAUAUUUGUUACCAUAUUGUUGGUUUUCUUCGUGCAACCGGUUUGUUUUAUUUAUUUUUCCCGUAA